CGCGGCAUUAUACUCGAGUAUAUACGUUAGGUUGUCUUAUAGAUGUCACGUUUUCUAGGUUGUAAAUUCAUUAUCUCUAAAGUGAUUUGUCUCAUUCUUUUCAUUCUAGAUGGCAUGGAUUUUUCUGUUUGCCUUCCCCGGUGUCAUACUGUCCGAAGAAAAUGAUUUCUCUCGCUCAUCAAACGUCUCCUCCGUGGAUGGCGACACAGAGAUACUGACAGACGAUGAGCCCACAGAGCCACUAUUUUGGUUCAAUGAUGAAGAUGACGAUGAUGUGUCGGUAAACGCCUCCCUCUAUGGCACCGUCCAGCUACCCUGCUCAUUCCCCUUUAUACGAGGACCAGAGGAGUUGACAUUGAUCUGGAAGAAGGAAGAAGGAAACAAUAAAUCGUACAUCCACUCCUUCAAGAUGGGCCGGGAACAUAACUUAGAACAGGAUCCUCGGUAUAAAGGACGUACAGAACUCUCCACGGAAUUUCCACGAGGAGACCUGGGCCUGACACUCAGGGGGGUCACCUUCGCUGAUGUGGGGACUUAUUACUGCCAGGCGGCUAAUACUUUGAACGUGGACGGAAAGAAAGUAGAAUUAUCGAUAAGCGGGUUAAAUGUACACAGCCAGGUCGGCACUCUGUCUGCUGUGGAUGGGAAGAAGCGUCUGACGUGUAUCACCAUCGGGAUGUUCCGGGAUCCAUGGGUCAGGUGGUACGAUGUGAAAAACACAACCCUGACCAAGUAUGAAACCCAUCAUAUUACUGACGAGGCCGAUGGGCUGAAGAAGGUGGAAUCUGUGCUCAGAUAUGAUGAUGAAAUAAAUGAGACUUACUUCUGUCAAGUCGGAGAGGGGACACUACACACAACGACCCGUAUUGUGAGAUCAGAGGAACAUCCAGAUUUAAGAAACCAUGCAAAUCCAGAAGGAAGUCACCGGGUGGUGGGACUCACAAAAACUCCAAUAAAAAGCACACUGAACAAGCUAUUUCUGGCGAUCCUGAUAGGAAUCCUCACACAGUGUUAG